GCGGAGCAUUCCAUGCCGUUCUUUUUCGUUAUCCCCGGUUCACUCCUGUCCUGUCCCACCUGUACGUGUGUGAUCACCGGCUGCUGGUUCUUUAUGUGACCCGCCAUGAGAGCCGUUCUUGUGAUCAGAGUCAGGUGGGGGCGUGGAACUACUUUGUCUGGGCGGAAGGACCCGGAUGUUCGCGGCAGAUUUGAAUUUGAACGUUUAGGAGGAGAAGAGGAGCUGCGUGUGAUCGCUGCAUGUCACCGGACCGCCGCUGUCCCGUCCACUGUACAGAGUGAAGACAGGUCUCCUAUGAGUGUGAGCAAAGAAUGGCCACAAGGAAAGUGCUGCAGGAGAUUCCUAUCUUGCCCCCAAAGACUGAAGAGCAAUCGUUUCUGGUCGUAGCCGAGGAAGCCGUAUCGGACAUUGGUAAUAAGAUGUUGUCCUUUCCUGCCAGAGCUCAUGCCAAAUACAUCAGUACUGAUGAAGCCAAAGAAAACAUCAUCCCUGCUGAGUUGGAUGGGAAGAACGACCUUGGCAAACCAGCAGACCUAAUAGAGUGUCCCAAUCUAGGUGAUCAGGAGAGGUCUGGAUUGGGAAGUGAUUUCUCUUUGCAGCCAAAAGAUGACAUUACACUAGAAAAGACUGCAGGAUCUGGCAGUAUUACUCCCAGGGAGGACACCGAUGCUUCUGAUUGGCGUAUUGGGGAGUCAAACACACCAAUCAAUUUCUCCAAUGUCACCGUGGAUGAUUUUGGGAUUUCAAGUGAAAGCUUUACCAACUCUGUAGGAAAAUCCCCAAAAACACUGCGCAAAUACAGGCGUAGAUCUACAAUCGGUGUCCGCGGAUCACCCGAAAUGAAUUUUCUGAUUCGCCAAAUUGCACUGCAGAGAAGCAAGAAGACCACUCCUGAGCCUCUGUCCAAUCCCUUUAUAUCUCCACGGAAUUCAAUACUAAAGGACAAAAUUUCCUCCUUUCGAAAUGCUUUCCAAGCAGUUGAGGAAACUGAAGGAAAACUUAAAUUUCCAGGAUUCUCUGAGGAGGGAGAAGGAACAAAGUGCAACACCUUGGGAAGCAACGACUAUGGUAACCUAUGUAAAAAAGCUGAACCGCCAGUCAAGAGGAAGAAAUUGUGUGAUACUUCACUACCUGAACAACAACUGAUAUCCACUGAACCACUGGUAUCCACUGAACCACUGAUAUCCACACAACCACAAAGGGCCACUCGGGAAACUGAGGAAGUACCUUUACUGGAGAAAAUCUCAGAGUCUAGCUCUUCAGCUUCCAGAUUGUUCACCGCUGUGUCUAACUUCGUAAACGUACAGAAUAAAGAGAUUCCGCCAGUGCCAAGCUCUGCUACAAGAGGCCAGAAGAGGAAGGUCAUGUUUUCAGAUCAUUUGAGUUCUCCGGAAUCAAGAAGAACUUUGUGCCAUAAACCGACUUGCAGUUUUGACACUCUCGCAUCCUCCAGCCCUGUCCUACGACCUGUAUUAAAGAAAACUUCCAGGAAGGGGUUUAGCAGCUCAUGGGAUGAAAUAGAAGAUCAGAGAGUGUGCUUUGCUGUGCCAGAGCUACCGGAGAAUGAGAACAAAACAUUGUUCAAAAAAACGGUGAACGAUUCUGUGAAGAAAAAGAAAAGUGUGACAUUUGGAAAACAGCUGAGCCCAGAGCUAUUUGAUAAGUCACUUCCCGCAAACACACCUUUACGGAAAGGAAGUACACCAUACCGCCAGCAAGAAUCGGAUACCGCCACACCAACUGCGCAAGAGGCCGUCCACCAAACCCCUAGUCAGCCAUUCUUGCAGCCAGACUUUGACUGCCAAGAUGAAGAGGAUACCUUCAAACCACUCUCCCUUAGUUUUGAUAUUGACUCUCCCACUCAAGACUCCAAUAUAUCGUCACCAGGUAACGAUGCUCAGCUUUGGCCUAUUGAUGAGUUGGAAAAUGUGACUCAGGAAAAUGACCACAAAGAGGAAGAUGAAACUCUACUCCUUUCUUAUGACUUUCCAGCGAAUACCACUACAGAUAUUCCUGCAAUGGCUACGGAUAUAGCUAAUGAAACCUUCAUCGCCUGUGAGCCUGAUACUGUUCCUACCAACAGAGUGACUCGAGCCUCCAAGAACAAUCAGGCUUGCAUUUCUGAAGACCCCUCUACAUGUGACGACUCUCAAACAACUGACAACAGCAAAGUUCAAGUGAGUGCAACCACCAAACCACCUUCCAAAAGAGGCAGAAGGCCUGGUUCCACCAAGAGAGUUAUGGUAAAAGUUCCAAAGGUUAAGGGUAAAAAGAGCCGUGUGAGACCCAAGAAAUCAUCUGUUCCGAAACCUUUAUAUGGUGAGCGAGAAACUGUCUCCAAGAAGCCACUGCUGAGUCCUAUUCCAGAGCAGCCUGAGUGUUCCCCCACACCUCCCAUCUCUCCUGAUGGUUCUUUAAAUAAGGGACUUGUAAAGAGGAUUGGAAAAAGAAAGGGCAUUCGGAGAGGCAACAGGAAUGUUGAAAAGAGCAAAGUUCAUUCUGAAGUAGGGGAAUUGUUUUCUGAUCCCAUGAUUCUGAAGAGUGAAGAUCUUUCUGAAGAUUCAGGUUGUCCAGGGCAGGAGGACUUGGAGGUCAAACAUAUGGAAUCACUUGCAGAUAGUCGGGGAUCCACUGAACCGGCUGAUUUUGUUGUUCAGGUUGGCACCAUAAGCACAAAUGCUGAAUGUCCCUUGACGUCCGCUGACAAGGAGAUGACACGAGAUGAAGAUUGUGUACCUGAGCCAGGCGAAAGUGUCCCGGAGGUUAACAGCACAAUAGAGACUGUGUCUGCUACGAAGCCACAAAAGCCAAAGAGACGUUUAUCCACACGAAGGCGAGUGUCGCAAACCCCCGCGGAAGUGCAACACGCUGCAAAUCCAGAAGCAGCCCCAGAUCUUUCAGAAAACCUUAUAGCUGAACACAACACCUUCAAGACAAUUACUGAAGGCCCAAAACCUGAGAAAGAUUUGUUAGUAGAAGACAGCGCUCCGUCCCCUAAGUUGCCAGUAAUUGAAGAUGUAGCUAAAGCGAAGAAAGGUAGACGUCUUUCAAGGAACUACCACAAGCCUGCCAUAUUUAAUGCGAGCUCUGAACCAAAUGCCUAUACUCGGGAUCCUUGUAUCAGUUUACCUCAAUCUUAUGACAAUUCAACCACUUUCACCAGUGAGCCAUAUCUGCCCUUCGAUGGGACUUUGCAGUCUGUAGGGACAGAGAAGAAGGUGAGGCGCAGCCUGAGGCUACGCAGAGAUUCUGGGGCCAGUGGCUUGUCCUGGGUUUCGGAGAUGACAAGCAGUGAGGUCACCAGUAGACGGAAAUCUUUAAGCUACAAAGUGCAGCCUUUGGGGAACUCUAAUUUAGUCUUGGAAAAUGUAACGCACAGCCCUAACAAGGAGCAACCGAGUGUUCAGCCUAUACAAGGAGCAGCUAAACGUAGAUCCUUAAGCUCUGCAAUGCAGUCUUUAGAGAAUUCUAAAGUAAUCCUGGAAAGCGCAACCCACAGCCCAAACAAGGAGCAGCUGAGUGUUCUGCAGGUAGCAGUUGCAGCUAAAAAGACUCGGAGAAGAACCUUGUGUAGCUCCACCAUACAGCAAAUGACAUCUCUUGGUGACACCAAAAGGAGGAGGUCAAUUGUUUCUUACAAGGAUUUUUAUGUUCCUUCUACUGAAUUCCAAACAUGUCACAACAAUGUUAUGCUCGAUACAUAAAAAUAGUACAGAUUUGAAAGGACUAAACUGGAGUGCGGUACCUGAUGACUACAUUGUCUGAUUUGGAAUCCAGCACACACCAUCCUGUAUCUUUGUGCUGUAAAACAUGCCUGGGCGCUAGCUGCCCAUAUGUUUAAGUCUCCUACAGAAUCCGGUUACUUUUUGCUAGAGAUGUCAUUUUGGCUGCCCAGUUUCCUAUUUAUUGUGCCCCAAAUUAGUGAUUCAUAUUUUGGUAGAUUCUACCAAUGUUGCAAUCAUUCAGAUUCUCCUCUAUUUUAGGAACUGCGGUGGUAAAAAGUUUGUUCUUAGGUCUGCACGUCUUUCUCGGCCACCAUAGAAAGGUCACAAUUUGAAUAUUGGAUUUUUUGAAAAUCUGUAAGGUGACUUCCCGUGUCCUGUGAUUGGAGGUCCAGGUUAAGGUAACUUUACAGAUUUUCUGUAAAGUUGAACUUGCACUUUAACUGAACCAACUUCCUGCUGCCAAGGAAGAACGAAAUUAUCUACCGAGAGAAAACAAGACUCCCAGGUUUUUCUUGGAGCUGUUGCGGAUGAUUUACUCCAUGGUGGCUGCAGAUACGGAGGUCAACAGGGGUUUCUACUACUUGAGAAUUUGUAAAUAUUUGAAUGUCUAUAGCCUAGCAACAGUUCUUCUAUAAGGCAUUAGGGAGGGAGAAGCAGAAUCUAAAACUACAUUGGAGAGAUCCUACCAACAGACUCAAUUUAAUAAAAGAAGCUGAUGAGCAGUACCAACGGUACAGCAUUAUAUUUGACACUUGGUGGACGGAUCCCUUAACCCCAGAUGCAUAGUCAAUGAUCCUUUAAAAGAAGUCUGUACAGAAAAAAAAUACAUUGGCUGCUACUGCUGAGUGUUCUGAAAAUUCUAGCUUGCCUGUCUCUGGCUUUAAUACUUUUUGAGCUGAUGACCCAAAACAAGCAUGUAACUAGUUUAGCCCAGGAUUUGUCCCCCUGAUGCAGUUCUGUACCUUGUUUUACCUUUUUACCUUUUUCAGCUACUCUGUGAAGAUAAAAUGUGGAUUUAAAUUCUGCAUCUUGGUUUCUGUAUUGUCUUUUUUUCUUUUUCACUAUUCGUUCCAUUUAUUAAAUGAUAGAUUUGUCUUUGUAA